AUGCUCGGCACUCACUGGCUACCAGCCGCCCGGCUGAACAUCAACCAGGCGCGAAAAUUCUCCCUCCUUUCCACCCAUGCUUCAUUUCCCGCGACGAUGUAUCGAUACCAGCUAGCGCGCAAGGCCACACUAUAUGACGUGACCCAAGACGAGACCCGCCACAGGAAGGAUGCAAUCACUGUAUCUAAGGAUGGGUUGGUUCACGCAGCCAUCUCGAAGUCCAGCCCCUAUUCCAAUGGGCCAAUCUUCAUGCCCAAUUCUCGUCUUAUGCAGCAAAUGCUGCGCUUUGAUUUCGAGCGGUACCAAGAAGAAAUCGGCGACGGCAAAUCUCUUUUGGACCCCACUGUUAUCUGCGUUCCGCGAGGUACUCCCGUCCCAUCUGCUCUGGUACUAUGGAGAGAGGGCAUGUCUCGCUUUUCCCUGCAACCUUCAAGUCCUAUGGAAAUCGAAAAGCUGAACGACGUGCUUAGCGAGUUCUACGAGAAAUCUGCGAUAGUUGUUGGCGCAGAGGAAUGGAUUGAGAAACAUCCAUACCGGGAGAGCUUUGCUGACGAAAACGAGAAAGGAUGGAUGGAGGUGUAA